AUCGUGAACAUCAAUUUGCUCGAAUUGCUGCUAUUCCCUUUUAUCGAACACUUCAUCUGCAUUGCGGUUACAUCACUUUGUCCUAAAAGCCAAGGGGCAUACUCAAUACUCAAUAGAUCUCAACUCCAUAACAAACCUAAGCCACCGGCACCACCAUUUCCAGCGCCACCAAAACAACGAAGACCAACGGAGGAACAAGGGUGGUGCGAACCACACCCUUGCGCUGCCGCAGAGGACACAGAAACGGUAGGCUCCGUCAACCGUCUCCAACUGCCAGAGUUCAUUUAGACAAAAGACAAUGGAACAGUACAAGAUAAUCAACCUUGGGAGGAGAGUAUAUUAAGAUUGCUGUCAUCUAUAGUGCCAUUAUAGUGUUACUUGCAUCAUUAAUUUACCUAAGUAACUAAAGAUAUAUAGGAUGAAACACCUUAGAGAGGAAAACAAAAUAGUAGUUUGUGACAUGCCAAAGGAGGGUAUAAAAAAUGCUACGAGUACAGAGUCACCUGUAUUAGAUAAAGCAAACCGUAGAAGACGGGUUUCUCGCAGAAAUAAAAAGAGGAAAGUUUCUGUUUCUACCACAAAUGAAAAAGACAGGCCAAAAACUAGGCGAAUUUCUUUAGUUGGACCGUCAACUGUAUAUUUGAAGAAAAAGCUUAUUGUUCUUGAUGUAAAUGGGCUUCUUGUGGACAUUGUUUCUCCUGCUCCAAAGCAUCGUAAAGCAGAUGCAACCGUAGGAAAGAAAGCAUUAUUCAAGAGGCCCUUUUAUCUCGACUUUCUGAACUUCUGCUUUGAGAAGUUUGAAGUAGCCAUAUGGUCUUCAAGAACCAGGAAAAAUAUCAAUCGUGUCCUUGAUCAUUUGAUGGGAAGAAAAAUGAGAAACAGGUUUCUUUUUUGUUGGGAUCUUUCUUAUUGUACUAAAACAAGUUUCAAAACUCUCGAAAACAAGUACAAGCCAUUGGUUUUUAAAGAUUUGAGGAAAAUUUGGGAGAAGUACGAUUCCAAACUUCCAUGGGAGAAGGGAUACUACAAUGAAUCAAAUACUUUGCUGUUGGAUGAUUCUCCAUACAAGGCAUUACUUAAUCCUCCAUGCAAUUCCGUGUUUCCGCAAUCAUUCGACUUUCAGAAUCAGAGCGACAAUUCACUAGAUGUGGCGUCAGGCCGAAUCAUAUCUGGCCUUAAAGUUUGUUUGGCCCACUUCACGUGGAAUGGGCCAAAAAUUUAUUGGAAACCUUGAGCCCAUUGAAUCAGAGGACGAAAGCACGGAAUUUCCUAUUUAAUGUGAAUCAGUUGUGCCAAAUGAUGGUAGUCAAAUGAAAGCAGGGUUAGGAAAGGAGACAAGCUUCAGUGUCAUUGUGAGUGUGACUAAUGAGUCUUAAUGCUCCUGUUUCAUGAUAUUUCGUUUCCCAUUAAUACAUUGCACGUGAAAAUCUUUUCAUCUCCAACAAAUCUACCUAGCUACUACUCCCUAGUAGCCCAAGUUUUUUUUUUAUGAAACAGAAUAGAAUAACUAGUAGCCAAGUUUUGCAAU